UCUCUAUCUGUAGAAACAAAAUGACUUGUUUUGGGUGACGUGUGUCAUGUCAUACAUUAGUUGUGGUUUUCGCCGAUUUUUAUGGUUUACUGCAAAGUAAAUAUGGAUAUAUUCAAAUUAUCAAUUUUGCCUUUGUUUCUGUUAUUCAAUGUUUCCUCCGCUCUAUAUUUCCACAUAGCGGAAGGGGAACGAAAAUGUUUUAUUGAGGAAAUACCUGAUGACACUACAGUUAUUGUUAACUAUAAGGUUGAACUUUACGAUCCUCGAUCUGGAGGGUUUAUGCCUUCAACACCGGGAAUAGGGAUGCACGUGGAAGUGCGUGACAGCAACGAUCGUAUCGUCCUAUCUCGUGUUUAUUCGUCUGAGGGCAUGAUAUCUUUCACAUCACAUGUGCCUGGUGAACAUGUAAUUUGCAUGUACUCAAAUAGUACAUCUUGGUUCAGUGGAUCACAGCUCAGAGUUCAUUUAGACAUUCAAGUUGGUGAGCAUGCUGUAGAUUAUGCUAAUGUAGCUCAAAAAGAUAAAUUGACAGAACUACAGCUAAGAAUACGUCAAUUGUUGGAUCAAGUUCAUCAAAUAACCAAGGAACAAAGUUAUCAAAGGCAUCGUGAGGAACGUUUCCGACAAACAUCGGAGAGCACUAAUCAGAGGGUGCUCUGGUGGAGUCUUUUGCAGACUGCUGUUCUUAUUGGAAUUGGUUACUGGCAAAUGAGGCACUUGAAGAGCUUCUUUGAAGCUAAGAAAUUAGUUUAAAAUUAUUUAUAACAAGUAGUUGUAUUUUAUCAUUAUUUUUUGUAAUUCUGUUAUAAAGUAACUUAAUUAUUUUUAUCAAUUCACAUUUUGUUAAACUUUCGAUGAAUUCAUGAGUGAUCUGUUUAAAAUUAAAUUUAAAUAAAAUUAAAAUCAA